AGGGAAUUCCAUGGUAUUGCAUGAGCAUGCGUGCUUGAACCGGUGCCCGUCGCCAGCUUGAUUUAAAGAUUGGACCAUAUUUAGAAUCAUAACGUAAUGGACCCAUUGAAAGGUUAUCGACAUCCAAAGCUAGUGGAGGCUUUGCAGACAUGUCCAGGAAACGAGGACCAAGUGAAUAUCGCAUUUCAAGUGUACAUGGAUCUAUGUGAAGCAAAAACAUGGCGUAGUGUGGAACUACACCACUGUGAGGCUCUGAACAUAAUGUUUGUGUCGGCUCGCAGGGGUGAAGGUCAGCCACGUGAAGUAUUCCUGCCAAUAGAUGUCACCACAACUUUGUCGCAGGAAGACAUACACACUCACUUCCAGCACCUGGUCAUAGGCGACAAACAAACACACAGCCUGACCCUGGGAAUGUUGUUUUGGUUGGCCCCUACUGUAUAAUACUCUGUAUUCCCCUGGGUAUUUCCAGCCUGACCCUGG